AUGGGGAUCUAUGACUGGGACUCGCCUGAGCGGAAAGCUGCCUGGGCCCAACUGAUCAAGGACAUUCCUAGAAUAAUCGACGCGUCUGGAGUCGAGAUUAGUGGUCCUACUGAGGAUAUAGACGUCGUCACGUACCCUCUUCUGACCGAGAACAAAAUCUACGUGAACGGUGCCAGGGACCUUUCAUAUGAGCCGCUGAUCCUCGACAAAAGAGAAGAUAAACGCCACCCGGGGAACUUCUGCAAAACAGCUCGCUUGCCGUACGAUGUUGUGGUCACCUGCAUUCUGCUGCGAGCAUACAUGUUGGCUCCAAACAUCUUUAAAGUGAGGUCCGAUGGAAGUUGGGAGGAGUGGCGGCCGGCACGCGAUCUUUACAAACGUCUCUGGCCACAUGCGCCGAUCGAGUGCCCAUGGGCUGAUGAGGAGGAGGAAGAAGAAGAAGAAGAAGAAGAAGAAGAAGAAGAAGAAGAAGAAGAAGAAGAAGAAGAAGAAGAAGAAGAAGAAUCCAGUAUGAGGCUCAAUGCCUAG